AUGGUUUAUCUGUUUGACGUGCCUGCAUUCUUUAUAUUGUUCAGGGAAACUGCCGAAACUUGUGUUAUUCUUGCCGUGCUUCUCAGUAUUGUUGUCAAACUCGUCCCAGAAGACAACCCACAACUAAGAAAAAAAUUAAAGAGACAAAUAUGGAUCGGUACUGCACUUGGACUUGUUGUCACAUUGGUACUUGGUGCUAUCUUCGUUGCCAUUUUUUAUACAAUUGCAUCUAAUCUCUGGGCAAAUAGUGAAGCAAUAUGGGAGGGCGUCUUCUCACUGUUAGCCGCUAUUGUAACGUUAAUAAUGGCAUUCGGUAUGAUAAGAGUCAAGCAGUGGAAGACCAAAUGGGAAGGAAAACUGAAUGAUGCAACCGAACGGUAUCUUAACAGACAUAAGAGGGGAGAAAAAUGGGCUAUGAUCCUUCUCCCAUUCACUGUUGUCGCUAGAGAAGGACUCGAAUCCUUUGUGUUCAUUGCUGGGAUUGGCUUUGAUAAACCAGCAUCUGGUCUCCCUAUCCCCGUUUUCACUGGGAUUAUUUGCGGCAUUGCUGUUGGCUAUCUUAUUUACAGGGGAUCAAACGCUGUGUCUCUUAAUAUUUUCUUCGGCGUUAUGACUGUACUUUUAUUUUUCAUCUCCUCUGGCUUGUUCUCAGGAGCCGUGUUCGAAUUUAGCGAAGCAGCAGGAAGACCCGUAAAAGUUCUGUGGGAUACCAAAUGCUGUGACCCCGAAACGAACAGUGGUUGGAGUGUUCUCCAUGCUCUGUUUGGCUGGAGAGACGUAGCCACAUUGGACACAACUCUUGCAUAUAUUGCGUGGUGGGUGCUUAUUGCCAUUGGUCUGGUAAUUGUUCAUUACAAAAACAAGAGAGAAACUAUUGAUGUUACAGGCGAGAUUGAGAAUGAGGGGAAGUCGGAAACCCGUGAUAAUGUAGUGUGA